AUGGACGCCGCUCAGUUGAAACAGGAAUUUAAGAAGGCUAACGCGAAGUUAGAUAGGUUAGAGGCUUUAAGGCGUGAAGUUGAGGAAGAGUACCAAGGGGAGAGGAACGUCUUGGAACAGCAAGAGACUUAUUGGUUGGGAGAAAAGAGAAAAUGGGGAGAUGCUUUAGUUGCU